AUUUUCUUGUGAAGUGUUUUUAGACUCAGACCAGACCAGACCAAACAGACCAGACCAGACUUAUACAGACCAGACCAGACUUAAACAGACCAGACCAGACUUCUAGUUAUAAUAAAUUACAAAAUGACGAAACGUUUACGAGAGACCAGCAAAUUAAGAAAACAUCCUAAUUCACAAAUCAGUCAUCCACUUUUGCCUUAACCCGUCCCCGAAAACUCGUUGAUAAUAUCAUAAGGUUUCGAAAAAGAAAACAAUGGAUACAACCAAUUCCAUGGGCCAUGGUCAUCUUCAAUCCCUCUCAAUCAGCCAUGAAAGUCACCAUCAAUAUCGAUCUGAAGUCGUCAAACAAUGAGGGUUGGUUCGUUACGUGAUCCUAAAGAUCAUGUACAACCCCAACAUAAACAUGAACAUGCUCAACCCCCCUCAAUCCAUCAUCCCCAUCCAUCUGACAGUGACUUAGAUGAUUACCGUGCCUGGGUUGCCUAUUACACUGCGCGUGGGUAUACAUUCUCGGACGAAUUCGGGGGCCUUUCUAGUCCCUACUAUUCUGAUGAUCCCAAUACCCCUCCAGUGCAUCGCUCCCAAUUCCUACCUGAUGGUCUCGAAUGGCGUGAAGGGAAGGUUUUUCGCAAGCUUGAACCUGAUGAUGAGUAUUUAAAGUUUAAAUCAAAUGCUGAAUGCGCACAAUUCUUCACAGAAGAUGGGUUUGUUGAUACUAGUGGGUUGAUGUCGGCCGUGUGUGUUGAUUUGCGGAGCUCUGAUUUGCAGAGCUCUGAUUUGCGGAGCUCUGAUUCAGAGAGCUUUGAUGAUACUAAUGACCGGACAUCUUUCUGCGCUAAGCGCACUCUAAAAUACUUCAACCAGCAUGAGCGUGAUGAUAAGGAUCCUGAAUAUGAGUAUGUGCGCGGUCUUUCAAGUUCUUUUUUCAAAACCGACUAUGGAUGGUACUACUACCAUGUGAACUUCCUUGCUAAGCCGACUGGCACCAACCUGGAACCUGAUAUAUUUUUUGCUGAGUUGGAGGCAUCGCCAUUAACUAACCUUCCACGUCAAGUUGUCAACUGGUGCAUCUUUGACCCUAAACAUGAUGGAGUAAAGAAGAUUGUAGAGAAGCCUGAGCGUUGUAUGGUGUUACACCCUGAGGGGUUUUCAUGUCCUUGUAACCAAAAUCCUGAUAAAUUCAUCAGUAAUAAAUUUAUCAGUGGUGGGGUUGAGCUUUUGGGGGAAAGGCUUUAUGCUUAGUUGAUUGGAUAUUUGGAUGGGUCUGUUUUGCUCUCAUGUUUUUUCCCCCUUGCUGUUAGUGGCGAAUAUAUAGAAUCAUAGUUUUUGACAUUAGGUCAAUCAGAUUCCAGAUGUUUUAAUUGGAACAUAUAUUUCUCAAUUAUCCUUAAAUUCCUUAUCGAAAAAGGCCUCUUUGGCUUGGAACUUGGAGGUUGAUGUUCUGUAUUUUCCCCUAUUGUUGAUCAUACGGUGUGGUAUUAUUUCGUGUUGUUUUAGAACUAUUUCC